ACUCGCUCACUCACCAUCCCGCUGCACUGUACACUCAACUCACACGGACAGCAGUACGCAGAGAGAGGGAUGUGAGACGCUGAAGGAAGAGGAUACGACUGACUGCAUACUGUCUGCACACCGGCCGUGAAAAAGGAGUUAACCCGCGACGCGAUCCCAUUUUUUGGAUUUAGUUUCCUGUAACGUAAACUGGACAAGCGCGCUUCGUUUCAGCCAGACCGGACACUCCAUCAUCAUCAUCAGCCUGAAAGCAAUACAAAAAAAAAAAACACUUUCACUAUUUCCUUUACUUUAAAAAAAUGACAUUUAAGUCGUUUUAAAUGUUUUGUUGUUACUUUAUGGACUCCAGGGAGAGGCGGAAAAGGCGACUGUAGACACUGCAAGACUAUUUUCAUUAAGAAGAAAUGUGAAAGACACUAGAAAUGCGUCGUAAAUGGAUCUGUGUUCUGGGGGUGUGGGCCAUCCUCUGCCUGCUGCCUCUGGGCUCCUCUGCACAGCUGACAUGUGAAGCCCUUCUCUUGCUCGCUGGGAACCUCUCAUCACAAACCCUGGUUGCCAACUGGAACAUUACCCUGCCCAAUGCGUCGAGCACAUGGUCAGGCUCUGGACCUUACUGUGAGAUCUACAUUGAUGGCAUAGGCACCUGCUGGCCCAGGAGCAGUGCGGGGCAGAUGGUGGCACGUCCAUGUCCGGAGUUGUUUUACGGCGUCAGAUACAACACCACGAAUAAUGUGUACAGGAAGUGUUUGGCGAACGGGACUUGGGCACCCAAGGGGAACUACUCUAUGUGUAUGCCCAUCCUUCAUGAGGAGAAAAAAGGCAAGAUGCACUACCAGAUCGCAGUCAUUAUCAACUUCCUGGGGCACUGUAUCUCCAUGGUGGCCCUGCUCAUCGCGUUCUUCCUGUUCCUGUGCUUGAGGAGCAUUCGCUGUUUGAGAAACAUCAUCCACUGGAACCUCAUCACAGCCUUUAUCCUGAGGAACGCUACCUGGUUCAUUAUGCAACUGACCAUGAGUCCGGAGGUGCACGAAAGCAAUGUGGUCUGGUGUCGUAUGGUCAUUGCCUGCUUCAAUUAUUUCCACUCCACCAAUUUCUUUUGGAUGUUUGGAGAAGGCUGCUACCUCCACACCGCCAUUGUGCUGACCUACUCCACAGAUAAACUGCGCAAAUGGAUGUUUAUCUGCAUCGGCUGGUGUAUCCCAUUCCCGAUUAUUGUGGCCUGGGCCAUUGGGAAGCUCUACUACGAUAAUGAGAAGUGCUGGUUUGGGAAACGGCCUGGCGUCUAUACAGACUACAUCUACCAAGGUCCUAUGAUCCUCGUUCUGGUGAUCAAUUUUAUUUUCCUCUUCAACAUUGUGCGGAUCCUGAUGACCAAACUGCGCGCCUCCACCACAUCUGAAACCAUCCAGUACAGGAAAGCGGUGAAGGCUACACUGGUGCUGCUGCCUCUCCUAGGAAUCACAUAUAUGCUGUUUUUUGUCAAUCCAGGAGAGGAUGAGAUCUCACAAAGUGUAUUCAUUUAUUUCAACUCAUUUUUGGAGUCCUUUCAGGGCUUCUUUGUGUCAGUAUUUUACUGCUUCCUAAAUAGUGAGGUGCGGUCAGCCGUGAGGAAGCGUUUCCACCGGUGGCAGGAGCAGCACUCGAUCCGAGCCAGGAUGACCCAGGCCAUGUCCAUCCCCACGUCACCUUCACGGGUCAGCUUCCACAGCAUCAAGCAGUCCACCUCUCUAUGAAACAGGAGACCAGCUUUGUCCCAGGACACGCUUUUGGAUUGAAACUUUAGUCUGUCAGCGUCAUCAGUUUGUGGAGUACACUGAAAGACUCUCUGAGCUGGGACAAGGCCAGGGAGCAAAGAGAAAGAGGCUACAGCAGUCUUUGAAACCUCAGGAGAGACCAUACAUAGACUUAGUGGAUAAAUGAAAGAGGAGAGUGAGGAAGGACACUGCAGAUUUUAUCAAACAGGAUUUUAGUGGAUUACACAAAGCAAGAAGUGACCAAGAUAUGUUUUGAUCGGUUUCAGCUGUUGUGAAUGUACAAGACUUAAUAUUAUGUAUUUAAAAUCCAUUAAAUUAAAAAUCUGUUUCACACCUCACUAUUGGAGAGCCAGAGCUAGUGCUGCUGGACUGCACUGCACUGGACUGAGGCCCGAUGGCCCUUGACUCAAAUGACAUUCUGCUGCUGGGACAAUGAAGCUAUUGAAAUUACGUUUUAUUGUUUAGUUUCUGUUUUUAAUGUUUUCAACAAAUGUCUGGUCAGCGUGUUGAUCCCCUUUAAUAUUGUGGUAUUUUACUCUAUUGUCUUUCAGCUUAGUACAUGCUCUAGUUUUAUUCCAGAACACAAAACUCAAAAUACAUUCCUUAUGUUCAAAUGGAAGAGUUUUACUACAAAAAUAUGCCAUACACAAUCAGUGACUUUAAAGUGAAGCACAUUCUCGUUUACACACACUUCUGUUGACCACAUAUUGCCUCAUUUUGGGAAUAUAUUUUCCAAAAAUACAUCUAUGUUUUGUAAUAAAACUCUUCCAGUCAAGCAGAGACUUACUAUUGCUGCCUCUUUAUUAGCACAUUCAAUAUGGUGCAUUGUAAACAGAUCUCCCCACAGCACGCUGUGGUCAGCUUUCUGCUGGUUUCCUGAAGUUUGAUAUUUGAGUGGAUAUUGUUACAGAUAUCUUGUAAAUACUUAUAAAUUCUGGAUCCAGAGGUGUUCACCAGUAUCAGUCCAACCGAACACAAAAUAUGCGCUGUAAAUGGCAGGGGCACAGUUGCCACUCACAGACCACAUUCCUCAGAUACGUCAUGUCCUGCACCUGUGCAUUUUUAUCAACUGCUGUUAAAGUCAUACGUAUUGUAUAUUGACCUCAUUGUUUCUCCUUAACACUUGGAGCUGUCAUCUUCAGUGAUGUGGGAGUUAUGGUUGAUAAAGUUAAGAGGAUUAUUUAAACACCAGCCACUCCACUAUGUAAUAUUCUUAUGCUAAAUACCAAGCAGUCAGUGUAGCUGCCUUUUAAAGUACUUUGAAAAAAAGAAAAAAACACAGUUAUUGUGUUAAAAAAUUAAAAUUUAUUGUUUAUAUGCACUGUAAAAAUGUUCAAAAUGUCACCUUUUUAAAACAGCAGGAAUAAGCAGCAUGUGUAAGAGUACACCUCAAUGUGUCAUUCCAACACAGUGAAAAGGGUCAACAAAAGAAAUUAUUGAUAAUUUCUAAAGUGGUACGUACUGUGUGUGAUGGUCAGUCAAAUUCAUUAUGUAAAACACAAUAUUAUUUAUUGUUAUUUAUUUUACAAUAUUGUUAUUUUCAUACUUGAAAAUGUCAAUUUGUGUUUGACUGAAUUAAAAAUUUAACAAAUGGC